UAAUAAUUGUAAUUUAAAAGGGACCUUGACCCGCGCUGUGAGUCAUUCUUGGCUGUCCAUCGAAAUUGAACGCAGCAAGUGUGAUAGGUACCUUUUCACUGGCGGUUUAUUUAGUAGUUUCAUAUUGUGUUGAAUUUUAGAUUUAUUAAGGGAUCUUAGAUAUAAUUUAGUUUUAUUUAUAUAUAUACAUUUAGUUAAAUGUUUUUAACGCUUAUCUAUGUAUUUAAAUUUCAGACCGAAAAAUGGAGCUACAAAAAAAAACUGUGUUCAGUCAUAUUUGACGAAAUGUCUUUAGAGGCUGGCUUGUCUUAUGACAAAAACAAAGAUAAAAUUAAUGGGUUAGUAGAGCUUGGCGAGAGAAAAAAUGAUUUCGCUGAUCAUGCCCUCGUGUUUAUGUUGAGAGGAGCUGUCCACAAGUGGCAGCAGCCAAUAGCCUUUUAUUUUUGCCAAGGCGCUACUAAAGGCACAGAAUUAAAAAGUAUACUCGUGGAUAUUAUCACAGCGGUUGUAGGAUGCGGGUUAAAGCCGAUAUCCCUUAUUUGCGACCAAGGGUCAGCUUUCCAAGCGGCUCUAAAUUGCCUGAAGGCUGACACAGCGCGUGACCAAUUACUGACAAAUCAGGAACCAGAUGGCACAGUAACAAUAAACGAAGUCAAACUGAUGGUUAUAUUCGACCCUCCUCAUCUUAUUAAAGGAUUGAGAAAUAAUUUUUUGAAUAAAGACAUUUCCUUUGAAGGAAAAUUAUCCACAUGGAGAGACAUCGUGGAUGUAUACGAAACGGACUGCAAUAAUAUGGAAACAAGAAUGCUGCAUAAGUUAAAUGACCAGCAUGUGAUACCUGAAAAAAUUAAAAAGAUGAAGGUCAAGAACUGUGUAAAAGUAUUUAGUUACACACUGUCUUCGGCUCUAUCUUACACAGCCAACUUCUCUCACUAUGCGGACGGCAGACCUGUGAGUGAAACAUUAAGAAACACUGCUGAAACAGUUUUGUUCUUUGAUAAAUUGUUUGAUAGCAUCAACGGAUCAGCAACCUAUUCACAAAAGAAAGGAAAAGAGCUACGCUGUGCAGUGACAGAAAAAUCUAAGCACCAUGAAUUUUGGCCGGAGAGCAUCGAGAAACUGGAAAAAAUUAAAUAUGUAGAUUCCAAGGGAAAUCCGAAAUCCGUGCCUUCCUUAAAAAACUUUAUUGCCACGGUAAAAACAUUCAUGAAGCUGUGGCAGUUUUUUAAGAGCAAAAAUAUGACAAUAAUGCGCCCAAGGUUCUUCAAUUCAGAUCCAAUUGAAAACUUCUUUGGCCAAGUCAGGGCCUAUAAUUAUAGGAACAACGACCCCAACUGCCACAGUUUCAAGAACACCUUUAAAUCAUUAUUGAUUACUAGAAUGAUAAAGUUUCAUGGUGACGCUUAUAAUUGUGAGGAUGACUCGGCAGACCAAAUAAUUAAUUUAAAAUCAUUAUUUGAAGAUAGUGAAACUGCUAGGGUCGAGCCGGGUCAUCCCAAAGUAGGAGAUGUAGAAGAUACUGUAGAAGAGGCCCAACGGGAGCAACUAAAUGUUCUCCAUUCGCGAGCGUACACUGCUGGAUGGGUGGUAACAAAAACAAUGCAGAAAUAUAAUAAUCAAUGUGACAGUUGCAGAAAAAGCCUUACUACUAAAGAAGGCGCAAUCCACAAAUGGAUUCAUCAAAGAGAGUAUGAUGCCGCCACGAAACGCCUUACUUACCCAUCCAGAGGUGCUGUUCGGUGUUUCGGUACAAUUAUUAAAGAAACAAACGGAUUCUUGGAACACCGAGCCCAUGAAUUAAAUCUGACGGCCAAAAUUAUGGAAAAAAUUUUGUUCAACAAUCCAUUUAGUUUCUUUAAAUGUACCACACACCGUGAAAUUUUGUCAUAUUUUAUUUCCGUGACAGUAAAGUUCUCGAUUACAAAUUGGUGCAAUAACAUUAAUAAAAUAUUAAAAGGAACGGAUAUUGUGCGGAUAAAAAACCGCACUUUGCCUGCGAUGCAGCAGAAAGCUUUUUUAAAAUAUAAGAAAAGACUGAGGAAUAAAUCGUUUAAUAAAUAAAAUUGUGUUUUAUUUAAAUUAUUGCGACAAGUGUAGUUCCCGGCAUUUAAAUUGAACACUGACUCAAU